GGUUUGUUAGGCUUAGGCAUAGAAGAAUUCGCAACUUGCAAGAGGUCAACUGAGAUGAGGAAAGAGAUUCCAAUGUUCCAUGGGACCCUCAUGAACACCAACAUCUUUUCUUAUCCUAGACCAUCCAACCUUUACCCUGUGCUGGGUUUAAAAUGUGUUCUUUUUAUACAAGAACCAAAUCUAUAUUCCAUAAUAAACGAGUUGAUGCACAUGAUACUAAUUGCUAAUUAUCCCUAUAUGGCAAAACCAGCAGAUCCUCUUUGAGCCAGUGAGCCUAUAAAAGGCAAUCCCCACCCCAGUAAGCAACAAAUCACAGCCAGCCAGCAAGCAAGCAACCAGCUUCCAUCCAAGUCAUUACAUCCAAAGCCGAGUGUAGAGCUAGCUCUAGAAGCCUCUAGAACCUUCAGAACCAUGGACCAGGUGGCAACCCUGGCAUCGGAGCGAGCGGUGGUGGUGUUCACGACGAGCAGGUGUUCCAUGUGCCCUGUCGUGACGUCCCUCCUCCGCGAGCUCGGUGUCAACGCCGCUGUGCACGAGCUCGACAAGGACCCCCAGGGCAGGGAGAUGGAGCGGGAGCUCGCCAGGAGGCUCGGUCGUGGCAGUACAUCGGUUGUACCUGCAGUGUUCAUCGGCGGGAACCUCGUCGGCGGCACAAACAGGGUCAUGGCGCUGCAUCUCGCCGGCCAGCUCGUGCCCAUGCUCAAGAACGCCGGCGCACUCUGGCUCUAGCUCUCUAGCUAGUGAGAGAAGAAUAUGUGCAUGAAAAGAGUGCAAUGCCAGUUUUAAUAAGGGAUCUGGAAAUGAAAUGUAGAAGGACAGGUUUUUUUAAAUAUCCUGAGCCAGCUGCUGAGAAGAACUAGUAGUGAUGAUUUGCUUGUUAAAUUAAGGUUUAACCCUUAAUUGGGUUCUCCUGUCCUUUCCUUUUGGUAAUAAAGAUAAUGCUCUCUCAGUCUAUGUA